AUGGUCUUCCGAGCACCGCCAUGGGUUCCCCAGCUCAGCGACGCCGACAUCCCAGAUGAUCAGUCACUAAGCGACUUUCUAUUCAACGAUAAACUGCGCCCGAGGAAGUGUGCUGAUUGCCCGACGCCAUUCAUCGAUAGUCUUGACGGGAGCGGUAGUAGCAUUGAAGAGACAAAGAAGAGGAUUGAGUGGCUGGCGGCUGGCAUAGCAAGUCACUUGGGUAUAACGGACACUACUGGGGAUGUGUGGGAUCGCGUGGUGAGCGUCUUCACCGUCAACAAUAUUCACACUCCCGUUCUUGCUUGGGCAGUGCAUCGUUUGAAUGGCGUUGUUGCACCAGCCAAUGUCGCCUUUCGGGCAUCUGAGUUGGCAUAUCAGCUGAAAGACUGCAAGGCACGUUGCAUUUUUACCGAUGCAUCUCAUCUAGACAUUGCCCUUGAGGCGGCUACAGCAGCGGGAAUUUCCCCUUCCAACAUCUUUUUAGUCUCGAUCCCGGCCGACACCGGUAGUCCAACUACCAAUGUCAAAUCGUUCUCGAAUCUAGAAGACUUGGUCGACAUUGGACGCCGGGUUCCGCUUUUGCCGCAUACCAGAUGGGAAAAGGGCCGCGCUCGAAAGCAAGCAGCCUAUUUGUGCUAUUCCUCCGGGACUUCUGGACCGCCCAAGGGCGUCAUGAUUUCCCACCGAAACAUAAUCGCAAACAUCAUGCAAAUGAAUCUCUACGAGCUCCCCCUCCGCAGUGGUAACCAGCCGGAAAUCAUCCUCGGCAUCCUGCCACAAUCUCACAUCUAUUCUAUUAUUCUUACCACGCACUGCUCGGUAUUCCGCGGCGACACAGUGGUAGUAGUGGCCAAGUUUGAGCUGAUGAGCCUGGUCAAGGCCAUAAGGAAAUUCAAGAUGACCAUGCUCUACGUGGUGCCUCCGAUUCUCAUUGCUCUGAUCAAGCAAGGGGCCUUGGCCAAAGAUCCUGCAGACUUCGACCUGCCGUCUGUCAGCCGUAUGUACUGCGGCGCGGCACCGCUCUCGGAAGAGCUUACCUCGCAGAUCAGAGAGCGCUAUCCUCACGUUCUCUUGGGCCAAGGAUACGGCAUGACGGAGUCGGCUACGGUCAUGGCCUCACACCCUUGUGAGGUUUACGAUGGGUCCAGCGGCUGUGUAGUCCCUGGCCUGGAAAUCAGGCUUGUUGACGCCAGUGGGAAUGAUGUUGAGGAGUACAACAAGCCCGGCGAGAUAUGGGCGCGCGGACCCAAUGUCACUCUUGGGUAUUUCAAGAACAGGGACGCCACAGCCACCACAUAUAGCGGCGGCUGGUUGAGGAGUGGAGAUGUUGGCGAGUUCCGGCCGCACCCCAAAACAGGAGAUGCUCACCUAUUCAUUGUGGACAGAGUCAAAGAACUGAUCAAAGUCUCGGGGUUCCAAGUCGCCCCUGCUGAGCUCGAGGGACAUCUACUCGGCCACACUCUCGUCGUUGAUUGUGCAGUCAUUCCGGUGGCCAACGAGAGGUCAGGAGAGGUACCAAAGGCAGUUGUUGUCCUAAGUAAGGAUGCCGGCCGCGAUUACCGUACUGCCGAAAGAGAAAUUCUUGACUGGGUAGCCAAGCACAAGUCAAAACACAAGCACUUAAAAGGCGGAGUUGAAUUUGUGUCGGAGAUCCCCAAGAGCCCCAGCGGAAAGAUCUUGAGGAGACUCCUCCGAGACCGCGAGAAGGCCCGGCAGGCACAGAUCUCCGCCAAAUUAUAA